AUGCACUGCGUGUCAGCCAUCAGGUAAGGUUGAAUGGCGAAUAGUUUCUACGUCAAGCUGAUUGCAUGGGUAAAGUGUACCUCUUCCCCGGAAGUAAAAGAGGAGCCUCCCCUAGGAACUUGUUACUUCGAGGACACACGCAAUGAGGCGGUCGUCUACAUAUUCUUGGCGAUGUUCGAAAGCGUGAUACUGAUCCUUACUGUAUAUAAGAGGGUUCACGACUAUAAAAACUUUCAGAGCGGAAUUGUGGUAACCCUGUACCACGAUGGCAUGUUUUACAUGUUGUGCAUCCUCGGCAUCACACUCGCCAAUGUCAUCAUCGGAGCUGCACUUCCAAGUGCCUAUAGCGAUAUGCUUGAUGCGCUACAGCUGGUCAUUCACAGCGUCCUGGCAUCGCGAAUUCUAUUCCGCAUUCGAGAUAGCAACGAACGUAUUCACGAACCGUCCAUGUCGGUAACGACCAUGGAAUUAGACUGUUUACGACCUCCGACGAUGUCGAUGAGUGGGACGGGUACUACUACUCAAAUUUGAAGGAAUGUGGUGUAUCGACUGGACUUUAGCUUGUUCCUAGGGGAAACAUGCAGCUGUCAUUAGCACUGCAUAUUGCCGCAGCAGUCUGAUAUGUCAGUUACGUAUCUUCGGAAACAACAGAGGGAGGUACCUCGCCCAAUCA